AUGUCGUCCUCUCUCGCGCUUUCUUCCAUGCUCUGUCUCGGACACCACCACGGAAGAGGCAAUUCGAGAGGAACGGUUGUUUCUGCGAAUACUACAGCGAAGAGGUGGCCAAAAGUGUCUGAUAUGAAACGGCGAGUCUGGAGCUCGAAAUCCGCCUCCUCGUCGAGACCGUCGUCGUCAUCGAAACGCAUCGUUUCUUACGCGUUUUCCGAGGAGACAGAGCAGACAAAGGAGACGAAGAGCUUGAAAGAAGGACCAACAGAAAAAGGCGUGGAAAAAGCACCGAAUAAUGUCGAGAGUAAAAACGAGAGCCAAAAAGAUAAAGAGAGCGCGGAGUUGAAACGAGACCUGAUGAAAGCUUUAGAAUCGGGCAAAAAAGUGACCGGGAAAGUGGAGGCGGUGAACCGCGGCGGUUUGAUCUUGCGCGUGAUGAAGAACAAGUACCGAGCGUUCCUGCCGAAAUCGCAGAUGCGAUCGUCGCGGUUGAAGUUUUGUAAAACCACAAAGGCGGAGUUAACGGAAGCGGAAGUGAUGAAGCAACAGAUUGGGAACUUGAUCGACGUGAAGUUCGUCGAAGUGACGCCGAAACGAGUCGUGUGUUCGGAGAAGAGUUUGAUUCAAGAAAACGCGGAGAAGAAGUUACCGGUGGGGACGCAACAGAGAGUGGUGGUGACGAAUUUGAGCGAUUUUGGAGCGUUUGUGGAAGUUAUCAACAACGAUAAUAAUUCUUCUUCUUCACAAGAACAAGACCAACUCUUGUCCCCGGUUGGUUUGGAAGGUUUGAUUCACAUCUCCGAGUUGUCUUGGAACAAAGUGGCGCACCCGAGAGACGUGUGCAGAGUCGGCGACGAGUUAGAGGUGAAAGUGUUAGAGGUGGCGAAUAGUGGUCAAAGAGUUAAUUUCAGCGCGAAGCAAAUGUUGGACGAUCCUUUGAUGGAAACUUUAGAUACGAUUAUGCCGGUGACGAUGCCGGAGUUGUCCUUCGACGAUUCGGAUUCGGCGUUCGCGAGCGGCGAUUUCGACGGCGAGGAAGGGACGAAAAUGGAAGCGAGUUUACCCGGAUUGCCGAGAAUUUGCGCGGAGUUGUUGUCCGAAGAUGGCGUGGAGGCUGUUAUUCCGGGAAGAACGGCCGUGGAGAGAAGGGUCGUUUCUCAAGAUCUCGAGUUAUGGCUCACCAACGUCCAAGUCGAGGACGGGUACAACUUAUUAGCGAGAAGCGGAAGACAAGUGCAAGAGAUUCACGUGGUGACGAGCUUGAAUCGAGAGGCGAUUAAAAGAGCGAUUAAACGAGCGACGAGAGCAACGAAUGCGUGA